AUGGCGGCCAGCAGGACGGCUGCCCCGGGGGGCGACCAGCUGUCUGGAACGGCCUGGGAGGCGGCCGGGAACAGGGACCCCACCCCCCACCCCGGGGGCAGCGAGGCCAUGGACGGGGGAAACCGCAGCUCCCGCCCUUCUGCCCCCCAAAGGACGGGCCUGAAGCCCAGAAUCGUCCUCAAACCUACCUAUGGUCACACAGCACUCUGCUUGCAGAGGCGGGACUCGAACUCAGGUCUUGUAGGUGUCGCUACCUUCCGCUUCAUGUCUCCGGGAGAUCUAGAGACCCCUCCUGCCCCCUCUUCCCGCCCAGAUAACAACCCCAUCCCCUGCCCUGUCGUGUUUCAGGAAGAGGUCAGGGCCCUACACUUCCUGGCCCUCCGAGCCCGGUUCCAGAGCAAGGCCACGGCAGGACCCCCUAGAGAGACCACCGGACACAGCCCCCCGGAUCCCAGCCCUGCCCGGAUGCCCAGAGAAUUGGGGGACCCACCCAGGAUGUGGGCCCAGUCCCAGGACAACAUGGACCUGAGCCCCAGGGACGCGACCACAGUGGUCGGGAGCGGCCCCGAACGACGCACUUUCAGCGAGACGCUGCGCAUCUGGGAGGAGGCUGCGGUAGCGGCAGAGACCACCCACCCACCCCCGCUCCUGCCCAGGCUGGCCAGGGGGGGCAUCUCCCCGUGGAGACUGAGGGGGUCUGGGCCCGGGACCACCCCUACCAUCAAACCAGCGGGGCUCACGUCAGUGGGGGCCAAGACCCGCAGGAUUCCCCAGCCAGAGAGACCCCACAAGCCAAGAGAGUUGUCCAGCAGGUCUCAGGGCCGUGCAGCGGAUGGAAGCCUCCGGCCACCCAGAUGGCGGCCCCUCCCUGCCCUGGAGUCCCUGGGCCCACCGCCCCCCAAGCCCCUCCGCCCUCUGGAAGUGACACUGCACAGAUUCCAGCACUCGGCCCGGACCCCGCCUUCAGCCCCCCGGACACGAUCUCUCGGUCUGAGGCGGAGCCCCGGUUGUCUGCCCAACACCUUGGCUGCUUCUGUGACUGCCCCCAACCCCAUCCCUGCUGCGGAAGACCGGAGCCCCAUAGAUUCCACGUAUGAGAAUCCCGAGCAACUUGACCACCAGGACAGGACAGCUUCGAACCCGCGUCUGGCGGGGGCUGCCCCGGACCCAAGGGUGAGCGGGGGCUUUGUGAGCCCCAUCAAUGGUCACAGACAAAGUCCAGCCUCCAGCACCGGGGACGAUGACAUGUAUGAUGAUGUUGAGUGCCUGACGUGGGAGAGGCUGCAGUUGACUCUAUUCCUCUCACUCUCUUCCAGAGGCGUUGCAGGAGCCGGCGACGAAAGGGAUGAGGGCGUCGGGGAAGAAGAGAGUUGUCCGCAGAUCACAGACCAGGAUGGUGGCGAGACCCCAAGGGGGUUGGGGAGGUUUUUCAGGAAAGAUAAGGAGAAAUCCAAGACGAAGAAUGUCAAGUCCAGGAUGACCCUGAGCAUGUUUUCCGCCUCCUUGCCCAAUCUAAACUUUAGGUCUCAGGAGGCCGCAGCCUAUGAUGACGUGGAUAAAGGUGGUCCCCGAGACUUGAGGGAACAAGAGGAGAAAUUGAAAACGAAGAAGUGGAAAUUCCAGGGAGCCAGAGAGACUGAGAGGCAGAGGCCAAGAGGGCCAGAAAGAAACCUCUUCGGAAUGAAAAAGCAGGACCCGGAAAAGAACAGGGUGGCAACCAAAGAAGAAAAGAUUUUUCGGGAGCGAUUUGAGUACGACAAGGAGAUUUCGGUCAUCAACACGGCCGUCGCCUGCGCCCACAGCUGCCCACCGGACGCCCUGCACCUAAAGGUGGAGCCGGGCGAGUGGCUGGACAUCAUCGAUGUCACCGAGAGCGACAGCGUCAUCUGCCGGAACGCGGCUGGAAAAUAUGGUUAUGUGCUCAUUAUGCAUCUGGAUUUUAAGGCUCCAUGCCUGGCUCCAAGCUCACCCCCGACCAUCACGACCGCCAGCUGUUCCUGACUCUGGGGCGAGAGCCUGCCGGGACCCUGGUGCCGGACGCAGGAUCCCGUGAGCCGGGUCUGUGAUGGAGGUUGCAACCUGCCUGCUGUUUGGGUCAUUUUGGGGGUUACUGAAUCUGAGUGAACUGGUGAAAAGGACCAUAUUUAUCAACGCUGACUCUGGGCGCCAGACCGGACCCCAUUCCCAUCCUCCGCGGGCUCCCAGGCUCCGAGGGAGGGGAGCAGGAGUUUAUCCACCCUGAACAGAGGACACUGAGGCCCAGAGAGGGUGAGUGACUUUGCCGAGGUCACCCAGCCGCUGGUUACAGCUGGGUGCAGUACUCGGGUCUCCAGAUGCCUAUGCUCUGUCCAGGAGGUCUUGCCGCCUCUAGUCGUGGUCUCUGACCAAGAGAUAGGCCCUGUAGAUGGUGGGGUGGGUGGGCUGGUGGGGGGAUUCAGGACACGCUCCUUCCGUUCCCGGUCAUCGCCAGUCCACUGCUUGGUGUUGGUUUUGUGUGGUGGGCCCAAAAGGGCCUAUCCACCCCUCUGGACCCCUGGAGCCAGGACCCACCGGCCCCUUCCUGUCCUCCCAUGGCCCCCCCUUUCCUCCUGGCCAGCAGGGAUGGGCCUCACUUGGAAACCUCCGACUGGUCCCUGGCAUUGCCAGGGACAGGAGCAGGGGCCUCACGGGUCAUCCAGGGCCCGACCACCCCAGCCCAGGGCGGCCAAGCACGCAGAGGCGAGCGUGUGCAGCUGAGUACAGCACGUGCCCAAACAAGGAUGUACAGGAAUAAAGAGUUGAAACCAGCA